UAUGGUUAGAGCUGCUGACAAGAAAAGCCCAAGAGAGGCUGUUGAGUUUGUCCUACAACUGUUGAAGGUAAUUACGUUUUGGGUAGUUAUCAUACCUGCAUGAGCAGAGAUAUAUAUGGUUACCAAAAACAGAACUUUCACUUGGCCUAUAUGGUCAUACACGAGAGCAAAAAGGUCUGCUUCACCACAGACCUCUGUCUCACCUGUCAAAGGCCGCCGAUCGAGAUCAUUGUCGAGGUCUAGAAGGAGUCGUUCUAGGAGCCCAUCUGUGGAUGCAACCAAUCCUGGAAACAACUUGUAUGUAACAGGCUUAUCCACAAGGGUUACCUCUGCUGAUGUUGAGAAAUUCUUUAACAAAGAAGGCAAGGUGUGAGCUAUUCUAACUUUAUUUUCU